AUGGGACGAAAGAAGCUAGCCCACUCUACACAGGAGGAUAAUGUUCAUCACAAUCUCCUACCUCCUCAAACCACGGAAUUAAAGGUAAAUACGGAGAACAGUUUCGCCGUGGAAGCGUUCAAGGCCGCGGUGGAAACGUGCCGUAACCCCAAAAAAAACCUUGUUAUCUGCCCGUAUUCCGUGGAACUGAUUCUGGCAGCGCUGUUGCCCGGAACCGAUGGUGAACUGCAUACAGCGUUGACGCAGCUGCUGUGUCCUGAUGGAAGAUCAUUUUCGGACUUGAUAACGAAUCUACAUGCAGUUAACACGGAAGGCGCGCUGAACAGUACGAAUGCGAUGUUUUACGAUGACCACUGUCGCUUGGUCGCUCAGUACCGGGAAACGGUGGAGACGUCCAUACAGUGCGGAUUUAUUCCGACGCCGUUUCAAGAUAAUCCCGCUCGAGCGGUAGCGAUUGUCAAUCAGUUUGUGGCGGAGAAAACGGACGGAAAAAUAACGGCAUUCCUCACCGAAAGCCGAGACAGUACUGAUACAGCGUUAAUGUUAAUCAACAUCAUCGAUUUUGCUGGUCAGUGGGAAGUGCCCUUUGGCCCGACCCACACUAGAACUGGGCCGUUCCACUGUCGUGAUGGCAUUGAGAAAGCUGUGGGUUUCAGGAAAGAAGAGAACGCAGUCGUUUGGCACUACAACGUGCUGCCGUACCCCAGGGCUGUGGUGGAGGCCGGCGAUCCCAAGAUGAUUAUCCUGGACGUAAAAGGCAGAAAAUUUAGCGUCAUGCUUUUAUUACCUGCCGAUAAUUCUACUGAUGGAAUGCGGAAAUUGAUCGAAAUGCUUACCAUACAACGGCUGUUAACCUGGAUGCAGAAAAGCGAAGGCGAUGGUACGCCAUACAUCAUCAUUCCCAAAUUUCGCAUCCGUUGCAGUACCGACCUGAUCCCAGCUACGCAAAAGCUGGGUUUAGAGCAGAUGUACACACCGUCGACAGGGAAUUUCUCGCGCAUGAUGGAUGAUGGAAGGGAAAUGAAAAUUGAUGAGUUUAAACAGGAAGUUAUAUUGGAUAUGGAUGAGUACGGCGUAAAAGCUACGGCAGUAACCGGAUUCCGCUUAAUACCCAACUGCUUAGCCGAACGACAACCGCAUUUCGUGGCUAAUCAUCCGUUUCUAGUGGUCAUCUGGAACGAAGUCACUCGGGUACAGUGA